AUGCCUUCUCUCCACCUUAUCACUUCCAUCCUCCUCCUUCUUUCCACCGCCGCCGCCGCCACCACCGUAGACGUCACAUACAACCCCUCCGCCCCCAACCUCUCCCCGCCUGAACGCGUAGUCUCCACGCUCCAAUCCCUCCGUAUCUCCGCCGUCCGCCUCCUCGAUCCGUCCGCCGCCGUCGUCCGCGCCUUCGCCUACACCAACAUCACCCUUCUCCUCACCGUCCCCAACCACCUCAUCCCCUCCUUCGCCGCCAAUCGCUCCGCCGCCGCCCUCUGGCUCCACUUGCACGUCCUCCCCUACCACCCCCGCACUCGCAUCUCUCUGAUCUCUACCGGCUCCGACGUCGUCAUCACCACCUUCUAUUCGCCUUUAAUUUUGCUCUUGUUUUUAUAG